GCUACUGGAGUUGGAAGGUCAGCUACGUCAUGGCCAAGAUGGCGGCCUCCGUGGUGGAGGGCGGAGAAGAUGCGUUUAGGAAAAUGUUUAAAUUUUAUAAAAGACGAGAUCCUCUGCCGGAUUUCAGAGACGUCGCUGAUUUCCGUGGUGGAGCCGCGGGAGGGAAGAUCGUGUCAGCUGAUCUGGAUCCAGCUGCUGUGGGAGAUGAGGACGCUGCCCAGGUUGGACUGAAGCCCAUCAGAGACUGGAGAGCCUUCAGCCUGCAGGGACACCCAGGGUUCCUCUUCAUCUCUAAUCCGUUCCUGAGAGGCUCUCAGGCCUUCUGGGUCAGACAGUGUUUGAAGACGUACCCUCAGAAACCAAACGUGUGCAACCUGGACAUGCACAUGUCUCCAUCAGAGACCCAGGACAUCUGGGACAAGAGUGCUUACCUUCUCAGGCAUCCUGCUGGAACGAGGCAACCCAAGACUCUCCUGGAGAAGCUGCGUUGGGUCACUUUGGGUUAUCACUACAACUGGGGCAGUAAGACGUAUUCGGCCGAUCAUCACACGGCGUUCCCCUCGGAGCUCCACGCGCUGGCCUUCAGGAUAACGGCUGCCUGUGGCUUCCCAGGCUUCAGCUCUGAGGCUGCCAUCCUCAACUACUACCGGUCCGAUUCGUCCCUGGGAAUCCACGUGGACGAGUCGGAGCUGGACCACUCCCAGCCUCUGCUGUCUCUCAGCUUCGGACAGUCGGCCAUCUUCCUCCUGGGCGGGCCCCACAGACAGGACCCCCCCACCGCCAUGUUCAUGCACAGUGGGGAUGUGAUGGUGAUGUCGGGGCCGAGCCGUCUCACGUACCACGCCGUCCCACGGAUCCUACCGGCACCGCUAGAGUGUGCAUCGUUUUUGGAACCUAGCGGUUCUGCUUCGGUUCUGCCAGAUGGCAGCGCUGUGGAGCCCGUGACCGAGGAGGACUGGGCCGUGUGCUCCAGGUACAUCCAGAACUCCAGAGUGAAUGUGACCGUCAGGCAGGUUCUAGGACUGGGUCAGAGCUUCCCAGAGACAACACCCUCUUCUGUCUUCCAAAGUGAGAAACUCCCGGCGAAUGGGUACCGUGAUGGAGCAGCAGGUGGAGACAACGGGAAGAGGAAAAGGAGCGGUAGUGACUCCAACCCUGAUAAGACGUGAAACUCCUGCAGGACUGAAACCUGAAGUGUUCCUUCAUGUGAUGAAACAUUGUGUUUUAGAGGAGGUUCUGGUUCUGGUUCUGAAUCAGAUCUGCUGGUUUUCCAGAACCUGGAUGCUGCUGCAAUACCUGGUCUUCUCACUAGGUGGCAGCAAAGGGCAAAACCUUUGUAAGAACUUGUUGUCACAAAGAGACGGUUCACCCUAAUUCCCAUAGAUAUGUGUAUCUAUGUUUGUAUGCAUAUCUGUUUAUAUACAUAUCUAUGUUUAUAUACAUAUGUUUAUAUACAUAUCUAUGUUU